GUCAAUUGCCCAUUCUAUAUCAAGUGUUAAUUACUUACUGUUAUCUCGUGGUUGGACUCUAUAUUACGAUUUGUCGUCGUUUCAAUUUUUUCAUCAAACUAGAUAUCGAUAAGAGCUGGAUUUCAAAGUCACGAGUUGGUGCAGAAUAUAGGGACGGUUUGACCAGAUUCUUAGAUUUUGCAUUUUCCAAUGCAUCAUCUGAUGGGAUGAUACGUUGUCCAUGUCCGAAGUGUGGUUUCCGCCUCUUACAAAAUAGAGAGGAUGCGUUCGAUCACUUGGUGAUCAACCCUUUCCCGUCUACUUACACAUUUUGGAUCCAUCACGGUGAGAGACGCGAGGUCGAGCCCUCUUCUGACCGACAAGAAGAUCAAUCUGAACAACAUUUGAACGCUCCGAUGCUUGAUAUGGUCCACGAUGCAUUCAACUUCUCAGGACUUCCUGGUCCCGAAGACGACUCGGAGAAUGAACCGGACAACGGCCCUAUGGAUGAGUUGCCUAACUUAUACAAUGAACCUAGUCGAGAGACCCGCAACUUUCACGACCUACUCGAAGACGGGGAGCAGAAGUUAUACCCAGGAUGUACAAAGUUCUCUAAGUUGUCCUUCUUGGUGAGGCUCUAUCACAUUAAGUCCAUGUGCGGAGUGAGCGAUAAGGCCUUCGGAAUGAUAUUGGAAUUGCUCGCGGACGCGUUUGAGCAUGCCCGGAUUCCAUCUACUGUGCACGAUGCCAAAAAAGUUAUAAGAAAACUCGGUCUCGAGUACAAGAAGAUAGAUGCAUGUCCAAAUGACUGCAUGCUAUACCAGGGCAACGACCAAGAGCUGACCAAAUGCAAGCAGUGUGGGACAUCGAGAUGGAAGCAUAAGACUAAGAAGAACUCUAUGGUGAGGAUCAAGACGGUUGUCAAGAAGAACGGCAAACCACAAGCGGCGAAGAUUCUUCGUUACUUCCCCCUUAUUCCACGAUUGCAGAGGUUAUAUAUGUCUAGUAAAACAGCCGUUGACAUGCUGUGGCAUAAGAGAAGUCCUAACUCUGAUGGUAUGUAUAGGCAUCCAAGGGACGCCGAGGCAUGGAAGUCAUUUGACGUACGAUAUCCCGACUUCUCUCGUGAUCCGCGUAGUGUUCGCCUAGCAUUAGCUAGCGAUGGCUUUAACCCUUUUGGGAACAUGAGCUCGAAGUACUCAAUUUGGCCAGUGGUUCUUAUCCCGUAUAACAUGCCGCCUUGGAUUUGCAUGAAACCCACUUCGUUCAUCCUCUCUAUGAUUAUUGCUGGUCCUAAAAUGCCUGGAAAUGACAUAGACGUGUACCUAGAGCCGUUGAUCAACGAGUUGAAGCAAUUAUGGAGGGGUGUUGAAACUUAUGAUGCAGUUGAGAAAAAAACCUUCAAGAUGCAAGCUGUGUUGAUGUGGACAAUCAGUGAUUUUCCAGGGUUGGGGAACUUAUCUGGGUGGAACACGUACGGUGGGAGAGCUUGUCCUGCGUGCAAUUUGGAUGCUGAAACUAACCGCCUUACACACAGCCAGAAAUGGUGUUUCAUGGGUCAUCGUCGCUUUCUCAAUCAUGAACACAAAUACAGAAAAGACCGGUACUCCUUUGAUGGAAAGUUAGAGGAUAGAGGUCCGCCGAUUAGAGUCUCUGGUAGAGACAUUCUCGGGCAGUUAGAGGGUGUGCAUGUCCAAUUUGGCAAGGUGCAAUCGGUUACGGGGAAAAGGACACGCGGACAGCAAACUCCCAUGCAAGACGAGACUCCUUGGAAGAAGAGGAGUAUAUUCUUUGAGCUGCCAUAUUGGGAGAACAAUGAAUUGCGUCACAACCUUGAUGUCAUGCACAUAGAGAAGAAUGUCUGCGACAACAUUGUAUUCACCAUAAUGAACGAGAAAGGUAAGUCUAAAGACCAUAUUAAAGCUCGAAGAGACCUCCAGUCGAUGGGAAUCAAGCAUGAUUUGUGGCCACGGGAAGAUGGAAAGUACCCAUCUGCCAUCUUCACCAUGACCAAUUCACAGAAGGAGCUCUUUCUACGGACUAUCAAGAACGUAGUCUUUCCAGAUGGAUACGCUAGCAACAUUUCCCGCUGCGUGGAUUUACGACAGCGCAAGUUGUCGGGGCUGAAAAGCCACGACUAUCACAUUCUAAUGGAAUAUCUACUUCCAAUCGCGUUAAGGAAUGCAUUGCCUCUCCAAGUGUCUUCUGUCCUGGCGGAUUUGUCAUCUUUUUUUCGUCGAUUAUGCAGCAAAUCCAUAGACCCUCAACAACUUCCUCUCCUUCAGAGUCACGUGGUUCAUACUCUGUGUCGUAUGGAGACGAUUUUCCCUCCUUCUUUCUUCACAGUGAUGGUUCACUUGACAGUGCAUCUGGUCGAGGAGGUGCGUCUCGGUGGGCCAAUGCAUUAUCGGUGGAUGUACCCAAUUGAACGGUAAUUAUCAAACAAAAUUAUUAAUUUUGCCAUUAAUUAGUGCUUAUGACACGUGUUAUAUUCCCAAAGGUACCUAUGUCGUCUCAAGCAGUACGUGCGUAACAGAUCACAACCAGAGGGCUCAAUUGCAGAGGGAUACUUAUCCGAAGAGAUUCUCGUAUUCUGUUCAAGGUACUUAGAUAAUGUUGAGAGUAGGAUUAAUCGACCAUCCCAUGUUGACGAUCGACCGCGUGAAGUCAUGCCUGAUGAGAGUGCAACCAUGUUCCCAGAGGUUGGAAAGGCGGUCGGGGCUGCUUCUUUUUACACCCUCACACCAACUGAAAAAUUACAAGCUCACCGUCACGUAUUGGUCAAUUGCCUGGCCGUGGAAAAAUAUCUUGAGUAAGUGCAUUUGAAAGUAUCUACUUCGUAUUGAUUUUCUAUGGUUGGAGAACCUGACGUGACAUUUUUGUGACGUUUGUAGUGAGUUUAGGGCGAUCACAAAGAGAAAGUUACGAAGUAAGACAAGGUCAGAGUCUAAGAUAGACAAUGUUGUGCACAGAGAAUUUUCUGAUUGGUUCAAUCGUAAGGUUACAUUGGAAAGCAGCAUGCACCCAAACGAAUUGCAGUGGCUUGCAUGUGGGCCCAAUGUUCAAGUUAGCCGCUAUACAUCCUACAACGUAAAUGGAUUUAAGUUCAGAACCCUAUCGAGAGAGGAAGGGUCGAAAACCCAAAAUAGUGGGGUGUAUGUCACUUCUGACACUAGGAGUUACGCAAGCAAGCGCGAUAGUAAUGUUGCCGUUGGUAGCGUCUCGUAUUACGGAAAGCUGAUGGACAUCAUUGAGCUAAAUUACAGUGGUCAAUUCACAGUCGUCUUGUUUAGAUGUAUCUGGGCAAACACCACAUCUGGCAGAGGUAUAAAAAGGGACUCUUUGGGACACACAGUGGUUAACUUCUCUCAUCCAAUUCAUACCGGUGAUCGAGAAGAUGAUGAACCUUAUAUUCUUGCCUCUGAGGCUCGCCUAGUGUACUAUGUUGAGGAUGACGCUGAUAAAGAAUGGAGCGUGGUAAUCCAUGUGAACCCAAGGGACAUGUUUGAAAUGGGUGAAGAUAUAGGACAAUGUAAUUUCGAAUUUUCUCCCCAACCGAUCCUGACUGGGUUGGCUGAGUUUGACAUCGAAAGUUUGUCAUUGAGACGGGACACCGAUUUGGAGGAACCAACCACUGAUGCCAUCGAUAAUUGCGACGAGGCUGCCUAUAUAUAGAUGUAUUCAGAUACUAAUUCUGGACAUGUGCGCUAUUUUUAUAGUGUAUAUCACCGUUGAGGGUUAUAAGAUUGCAUAAAUAUUAAUUAGCAACUAGCAUAUAAUAGAUUCUUAGAAAUUGGAUACACCUGAUGUAUAUUCCUAUUUAUUUACAAGUAAUUUACCUGGAGAAUGUGAUUUUUUAAACAUAUGUAUUGCUCAAUUUAUUUAAUCAAUUAAGAUGUUACUAGAUUGUAAUUGACCCUAUAUAUUGACUCAUCU